GCUUCUUUGCAUUACGGCUCAAAGGGAGUUUGUCUUUGUUGUGGAAGAGGUGCAUAUUACAAGAAUGUGCCUGGAACAGCCCUUGCUUACUGUAAACAGAAUGUUUCCUGGCCCCAAUAUUACAGUCACUAGAGGAGAAACCGUAAAUGUUAAAGUGCUAAACAAUGGAAUCCAUCCUAUCACCAUUCAUUGGCACGGACUGAAGCAACACAGAAACCCUUGGUCAGAUGGUCCGGAACAUAUCACACAGAGUCCGAUUGCAGGAAAUGGAGGAACCUUCAAGUAUACCCUUGUAUUUACAGAUGAAGAAGGAACUCUAUGGUGGCAUGCUCAUAGUGAUUGGUCGCGUGCCUCUGUACAUGGCGCCAUCGUUGUUUUACCGCCUCCAAAUCGCCGUCGAACUAACCAAUACCCUUUUCAGCCUCAGCCUGACUAUACACAAACGAUUAUUCUUGGAUCAUGGUUCUACAAUAUAUCCGUGAUGGAUGAAUACCAGAAAGCCCUAAUCUCAGGCGGCGAUGCUCCAGGAGCAACUUCUUUCACGAUCAACGGUUAUCCUGGACAACUUGAAACUGUUUGUGUUGAUGGUACCAUUGACAUGUACACAUUGCCUGUUGAGAGGGAAAAAGUUUAUCAUCUCCGCAUAAUCAAUGCGGUGAUGGAGGAGGAAAUGUUAUUUGCCAUUGCCGGACAUAACUUCACGGUUGUUGGACUUGACGGUGCAUAUCUCACUCCCGUACCCUCAAACUACAUCAUGAUAACUCCUGGCCAAACAAUGGACAUAUUGCUCACUACGAAUCAGAAUUCGAGUAAGGCGUACUACAUAGGUGCCAAGGAUUUUCUCGACACCACAUUGAGUAGAGCCAGGAACAUGACAACAAGAGCAAUUCUUCGAUACCCCGACUAUACUGGUACUGAAGAUCCAGUUGAUCUUGGAGACCUUCUUCCUGUUGAUUCAAAAAACGCGAGUUAUGCAAAGGCCUUUACAGAUAGAGUUCGAAUAAGCGGAUUGACAGGCAAUGCAGUGCCCACUGAUUCUGAUAUCAAUAAGAACUUUACCAUCACAAUUUCUGUGAAUACACUUCCUUGUCCAUAUGCUGACAACAAUUGCUCGGGGCCGCCAUACAAUGCAAAUUGGACAGGGGUACACGCUGCAUCCUUAAACAACCAACGUUUCGUCACCCAAAAUGUCAGCAUACUGCAGGCUUAUCGCUGCAACAUUGCAGGUGUCUACGAAGAGGAUUUCCCAGCCGGACCAGCGGACUUCGACUACACUGGGGAAGUGGGAGAUAAUGAAAAAAAUCCAACUCCGGGUACGAAAGUGAUGACUGUUAACUUCGGAGAUGCAGUUGAGAUAGUUUUCCAAGGAACCAACGUCGGAAACGCAGAGAACCACCCCAUGCAUAUUCAUGGUUAUAACUUCUAUCUGGUUGGGAGCGAUGAUGGCAAUUUCAACGAAUCUUCACCUGCAUCUUUUAAUUUGACAUCUCCAGCUGAAGCCAAUACCUUUGGAGUCCCUAUGAAUGGGUGGCUUGCUGUUAGAUUCUGGGCUAAAAAUCCUGGAGUGUGGUUUCUACAUUGCCAUUUGGAAAGGCAUGCUACCUGGGGUAUGGCCGGAGUACUCAUCGUGAAGAAUACAACAACUGACGUGGACCAACGUCUUUUGCCUCCCCCUGUUGACUACCCUCCUUGCCCUAAUCCUGAUCUUCUUUACUAG